AAGAGAAACGAGGAAGAAAAACAGUCGUCCAAGAUCCACAGCCAUUCAUUGCUGGGCAUCACCAGGAUUAUCGGAAGGAUGGUUGGACAAAAAGUGGGUCGCCACAACAGGCACCAUGCACCACGGAACGUAUAUAACCAAAAAACAUGGCCUCUCCCCUUCCCAACCCAAGUUCUUCCAUGCCAAUCCCUCCCCGUGCCUUGAUCUCGCCGGAAAAAAUGUCAGCCACCCUUCUCGUCGCCGGAUUCCUCCUCCUCCUCGCCGCCGCCACUGCCAACGCUCACGAUGCACACGUCAUAUUCGGGUACACUGGUUCGAAUGGGCCGGACAAAUGGGGCAGCCUGAGGCCGGAGUUCGCGAAAUGUUCCACCGGAAAGUUUCAGUCGCCGAUCAACAUCAACAGGAGCGAGGCAGUCGGAAACUCAGACUUGACCUCCUUGGUCAGGGACUACAGUCAAACGGCCAACGCUUCCUUGGUCGACCUUGGCUUCAACGUUGCGGUGAAAUGGGAGGAAGAUGCAGGAGUCUUGACCAUUGAUGACAAGAAUUACACGCUCAAAAGCAUGCACUGGCAUACGCCCUCCGAGCAUACUCUUGACGGUAUGAGGUUUCCGGUGGAGCUGCAUCUUGUCCACGAGAGUGAUGACGGAAGCAUCUCGGUCGUGGCCAUUCUUUACGCUUAUGGGGAUGCCGACCCCUUCCUCGAGCAGUUUGUGGAGCCGUUCGGGAGAAUGGCAAACGAGACGUGUUCGGAGGAUGAGGAUGUGGAGAUACCGGUGGGGCAAGUGAAGACCCGGAGCAUGAGCCGCGGUACCCGGAAGUAUUACAGAUACGUCGGCUCCCUCACUACCCCUCCCUGCACCGAGAAUGUCAUCUGGAAUGUCCUAGGAAAGGUGAGGCAGCUCUCUAAAGACCAGGCGAAGAUGAUCAAGUCGCCAUUGGGGAUGGCAUAUAAGAACAAUUCAAGGCCGCUGCAGCCACUCAAUGGAAGGAAAGUGCAGCUCUACAAUGAAGCGUUUGAAUUCUGAGCCGACCCAGCCGUCUUCCCGAUUCCCGGGAAAUAAGGCACCCCUAGAUCCACUCUUAUGGAUCAUCAUGUACUAAUCAAACACUGAUCAUCAUGUUACAUUUUAUGCAGCAAUGCUAUGUGCAAGUCUUC